AUGAUGGAGGAGUCGAAGCUGACACAUUUGCAGAGGCAAUACCUGAUGGAGUGUGUGAAACGAGGAGAUACCCUGCCCCUCCAGUGCCACCCCAAACCCAGCAAAGAGACAGUACCUGCUUCCUCCCCACCGGCUCAUCAGCGGAGCAGGCUUUCUGCUAAACCCCAUCUCCGACCUGCCAGCGUCUGCCAGGCAGGAGAUUCCUACAUCCGAGAGAAAUUCAAGCCACAGGCAAGGCGAGAUUUGGAAAAGGAGAAGCAAAGGCUUCAAAACAUCUUAGCAACAGGGAAGGAUGUGGUGGAGCACAAGGUGAAGCCAGUGGUGGUUCAGACCAAGGAAGAGGAGAUCCCUGAGCCUGACCGGUUUGAAGAAUUGGUGAAUGAAAUUCAGGAGAGAAGGGAGUUCCUGGCAGAGAUGGAAGCUCUAGGACAGGGCAAGAAGUAUCGAAGGAUCAUCCUCACUGAAAUCUCACAGAAAAUGCGUGAGAUGGAGAUCCUUGACAAGAAGAGAAGUGAGGAAAUGAAAGAGAUCAUGACAAAAGACUUCCCUGGUGGGAACAAAUCUGAUGCCCAUGACUAG